UACUUGGCUUAUCACGAACCAGGAAUUGUCACGAUCUUGAUUCUAUCUUCCUUUUUCAUCCUACUAAAUAUAUUAAAUCAUAUUGUCGAUGCAAAGAUCUUUUGUGGUUUAGUCAUCCAGAUAAUCAUAGGCAUGAUCUAUGGCACUCCUUUAACAAAAUGGCUAGGCUUAUCAACUGAAAAGAUCUUUGUAGACUUGGGCUAUCUAGGUCUAUUAUUAAUGGUCUACCAUGGAGGCCUAUUGACAAGUAUUAAAUUGUUGAGAAAAUAUUUAUCCAUCUCUUUAAUUGUUGCCCUAACUGGCAUCUCACUCCCUUUCGCUUUAAGUUUCACUUUAAUGGCCUUUGCCAAUGCUUCUCCAAUCGCCUCUUUUAGUGCUGGUGCUGCUUUAUCCUCAACUAGUCUUGGUGCAGUCUUCACCAUUCUAGAUAACUCAGACUUAAGUCUUUCAAAAUCCGGCGUCAUCUUAUCCACUGCUGCAAUGAUAAAUGACAGUGUCGGUUUAAUUAUGAUUCAAAUCAUUUCCCAUAUUGGUGAUGGAAAAUUCAAUUCAAUUUCAGUUAUUAGACCUGUUUUUGUUUCCUUAGGUUCUAUAAUUAUAACUAUUCUAACAUGUAGAUUUAUAAAAUUGAAAUUGGCCAUUUUCCUAAAUUUCUUAUUUAACCAAAAAUAUUAUUACUUAACAGUUCAUUUACUAUUAUUAAUUGCAAUGAUAACUGGCUUCAGUUAUGCUGGCACAAGCCCAAUAACUGCUGUUUACCUUUGUGGUGCUGCCAUCUCUUGGUGGGAUAACGAAUUGCCUCAUCAUAUCGAUAUCAAUUCUUUCAGGUCAAGGUCAAAUUCAAACUCAAACUUUUCAGAAAUUAAAAGACAAAUCACAAAUCAAACAAACGACGAAGACAGUGAUGAUGAGCUCGAAAUCGAUGAAACUGAAUUCUCAGGUGCUGCCAUUUAUCAUGCAUAUUUCCACCAAGCACUAAAUAGAAUACUAAAACCACUCUUCUUUGCUAGUAUCGGUUUCUCGAUUCCUCUCAGACAAUUAUUCACACCAAGUCUACUUUGGAGAGGUGUGGUAUACUUUCUACUAAUGACAUUGGCAAAACUAGCUUGCGGUUUUUGGGUCAUUAGAAGAGUCUCUGUCAUAUUUAGCUCAAAAUCAAAGAGACAUUUAAGAAGAAAUAAUAGCAAUCUCCCUGCCUUGCUAGUUGGUCUUGCAAUGAUCCCUCGUGGCGAAAUUGGUUUCCUAAUCUCUUCCUUAGCUGAAUCAAAGGGAAUCUUCAAUUCCCACGCUGAAAAUAACAGCAAUACUGGUGAGGACGGUUCAGGCUCAGAUCUUUACGUUAUUGUCAUCUGGGCAGUGGUUCUUUGCACCUUGAUAGCACCAAUUUUGACGGGUUUGGUCAUCAAGCAGCUCAACAAA